CACCAGGCCUGUGGCUACAAGCAUGAUUUGCGGAGAGAUUGUGGUAAAAAAAACACAAUUAAUUGGUUUUUAAUUGUCACAUUCUCAAGUGUGAUUUUUAAAUUAUUGUGCUCUGGGCUUCCCACACACUAUGCUGCCAGUGUAAGUGGCCCAUGUAUUCUCAGAUUGAUUGAUUUACUAAACGAUUGGACUGAAACUCCUUUGUUUUGUGGUGCAAUAUAGAGGCCAGAAUGAAGCAUUAUAAUCAAGAAGUUGGACAACUACAGUAGUAAUUAUCCAACUUCCAAGAGACUUUCAUGAUAAUAAUCAUCUGAUUCCAAUUGGCAUUUCUAGCCGUUAUUCUCGAUACAUGACUUCAGUCGUUCAAAGUCAAAGCUAACAAAUAUAUUAGAGUAAAUGCAGUGCAAAGGAUGGCGCGUCUUUGUUUGAAGCUUGAGCCGUCAAAUGCAAAACAUGAAAGAGCCAAAGAGGGCGGUGAUAUUACGUUUCGCAUCCGCGAGACCUCGUCUAUGAAGCCUGAAUGGGAUUUGGGGUUUAGUCCCACGGACGACGGGGUUCCAAGAGAUCGCUGCUGCAAUUCCUGCUGCUCCCAACGCAAGGUGGCUUCCCUUCUCUAUCAACAUCUCAACAUUUGAGUUUCUGACGCCUGGCUUUGCUUGCUAUUAUAUUACUAUAAAGUUGGAAGCUUCGGAAUAAGGCAUGCUCUGUGCUGGCGCGCAAAUCAUAUUUUGUUCAAAACAAGGGCACCUAUUACUCGUAGCUCGUCAAUACUCGUGUUUGAAGUAUACAUCAGCGUGGUAACAGUUGUUUCAUCAACUGCUCUGAAUUUGGAAAGCAACACGAGAGAAGCUUCAAGCUUGUGUGCCAGUGAAACUGAAAGGCAACACUACACGAAGGAUCAACUGAUCAAGUGGUUUGUUGAUGCUCAAGUCUUCAAACAUCUGAUUUAGUUAGCAGUAAUGGCAACAGAUCUGUUACCAACCAAUUUUUACCUGGAUAAGCCAAUUCUUAUUGGCAAAAAAUUUUGAUGGGACGUUUCAGUGGGCGGUGGCUAAAAUUAGAUGCUGUGCAUUUGCGGUCCCUCUUUUUCAGCUGUAUGAUUUUAUUUCCUGUUGUUCCUUUGUAAUUCUCUUUAGGUAUGUUUAUUUUUUCCUCUUCAUGACUGAGGCAUUGUUCCUGUAUUCAGCUUCUUGUUCUCUUACUUUUCUUUCAGGGAUGACAUUAUAAACAAUGAAAAAGUUUGCAAUUCGCAAAUGGUUUCUAGCUCUAGGACAAACAUCCCCUUAGGGAAUAAGAUUAGAGGGAAAAUCCUAGACUUUUAGCCUCGAAGAUGCCAUUCUCAACAAACAAUGAAAUCUUUUGUUUCUAUUGGUGGUGAUAGCAAAAGUGUAAUGGUGGUUUUGGGGCGCUAAUGGCAAGUGUAGGUAGUCUUGAUAGAGAUGGUGUGUGUGUGAGUUGGCGAUGAGAGGGGAAUAGAGCUGGUGGAUUUACACAUUUUCUCUCGCUAUCAGUUUUUGUUAUUGUGGAUAUGAAUUUUACCUUCUUAAUUGAUUCUUUUACGCCUGAAAAAAAAACAAAAAAACAAAAGGCUGAAUGCAUCCCCUGCACCUUGUGGAUUUUGUUGGUGCUGGUGAAUUGGCCUUCUGCGGCUGUAGAAUGGUCAAUGCAGUAAAUGCUAUGACAAUGGUGGAUGGGUUUGUAUGAUUCCUUAACAAAAUAUAAUGGUGAGUGGUGAUGGUUAGUAGUGCUCUUGUGGUGAUUAUGGUGGUGGUGGCAGUUAUCAUAUGUUCUAAUCUGUGCCAACAACAAAAGCUGCUUUCAAGCAACUAAUUUUUUUUUUUUGUUAAUUUUUUGGGGCGGGGGUUCAAAUGUUAAGUUCUCUCUUGCAAAUAUGCAUUAGUUUGGAAUUCCAUUUUUUUUUAUUUCCCUCAAAAAAAUAUAUUUUUCUCUUACAAUUGAGUGGGCUUUGUUUGCCAAGCAUUUCAAGUUUAAUUUUUUGUUAUCGCCAUAUGUAAAAUCCCAUGGUAGUAAAAUAAAAACAUCCCAUUUCAAGUUUUGCACAGUUUUCAUCGCACAAGCGAUGUUUGCAUCUGAACAUUGACUUUCAGAAGUUGAAAGUCUUUUUUUUUUUUUCAAUUAUUGGCUGUUAUAUUCCGUGCAGAAUCUGGCUUUCUUUGUGAUAUUGUACGGCUCCAAUGGAUGGCUCAUCUCAGGCUGCAGAAGAAUCCCCUGCUACAGUAGGAUCGGGAUCAACUAGGUUAAAAAGUAGAACAAUUAAUGAUGAUCAGUGCUUUCUCUUGUACUUUAUCAUGGGCACCUACUUCGGUCCUGAUAUUAGAGGGGAGAAGAACCAAAAAUCUGUAUUGCAAAGAGUAGCUGAGGGACUUCCUCCAUACACAUCUGUUCAACUAACAAAUUCUUUCAUGAGAAUAGUGGAAUUAGAGCACAUCUACUACUAUGUACUUAAGAAGGCUGAUAAAUCAGUUAUUGUCAAGCUAACCUUAUUGCGUCAAUUCUUUCAAGGUAAUAUUUCUUGUCUAGUUCACAAUAGUGCUGCCAGGUACCCGCAGUUUGCUGAUUUGUUUCCCCCUGAACUGCACCCUCAGUCGAUGUUAAAACGUCGAUCUAAAAUCAUUGAGAACAUCAUAUUUAUCAACAACCCAGAAACCUCUUACAUCAACCCAGAUGAUAUUGAAAGGUUCAGGAGGCUAAGUGGGCUAGAGGAUUUCCAUGUGAACAGGUGUCCUGUAACAUCACGCACUUCUCUUGAUGGCAGUGCUCGGUAUAAUGUACAUGAGGCUGAGGCUAAUGGAAAAAUGCCACCUAUCCAGUCUAAUAGCAAUUGUCAAAAAGCAAGAAUCAGUGAAAUAAAUUAUUCGAAGUUGGAUCCUUUGCAACAUGUCUAUGCUUCGGCACCUAUCAGUGGCGCACCAUAUAAUGGUACAGAUAUGAUGUCUAAUUACAUGGCUCAAUUGCCACCUGAAGAAGACUCUGACCCUGAGAGAGCUGGUCCAGCUAUGAUAUUUCUUCCUCAUCACCCAACCAACAAGGAAUUGUCUGAAAUUGUAGCUGCUACAAAGAGUGGAUUUGCGUUAACUGGAAGUGCAGCUAUGAGGCAGGUGGGACCAAUCAUAGGACUUAUGGACAUUGGAGAAUGUGAAGACUCGUAUCUGUUCCGUGUAUCUCUCCCUGGAGUGAAGAGGGAUGAAAGCGAGUUCAGCUGUGAAGUGGACACUGAUGGUAAAGUAUUGAUACGGGGAGUAACUACAACAGGGGAGAAAACAGUAUGCAGGUACUCUCAGGUGUUUGAAAUGCAAAGUCAGAACCUUUGUCCACCUGGGCAAUUUUCCAUCUCAUUUCAGCUGCCUGGUCCGGUUGAUCCCUAUCAGUUUUCUGGAAACUUUGGCACUGACGGGAUCCUUGAAGGAAUUGUUAUGAAAGUGGGGAAUUAUGCAAACUGACAAAGGCCUUGCCUUAUUAGAAUAUAUAACCUUUUCUUCUAGCUUUGCAGGCUACUGCAAAUUUACCCAAGUUGAUGCAAAGAUCAUGUGGUUUGGAAUGGACAAAAUUUAAUAAUACAUCUAUCUUUUUCA